AUGUCGGAUGGUCCCAAUGGCAUUCGAGGUACCAAGUUUUUUGGAAGCGUACCUUCUGCAUGUCUUCCUUGCGGGACCGCGAUCGGUGCCACCUUCGAUUCCGACUUGGCAGUCAAGAUUGGUCAUCUUUUGGGUGAUGAGGCUCGAGCAAAGGGCGCACACGUGGUACUAGGCCCGACCAUCAAUAUACAGCGAGGGCCUUUGGGUGGUAGGGGGUUUGAGUCUUACUCCGAAGAUCCUCUGCUGUCCGGUGUUCUGGCUGGGAACUACAUCAAGGGACUCCGCGAGAUGGGCAUAAAUGCUGCGUUGAAACAUCUCGUGUGCAACGACCAGGAGCACGAAAGGAUGGCUGUCAACACCAUCAUCACUCAACGUGCAUUGAGAGAAAUAUACCUCUUGCCUUUCAUGAUUGCAACUAGGCUGGGCAAACCUGCGGCCAUGAUGACGGCAUACAACCAGGUCAACGGUCUCCACGUCGCGGAACAUCGAAGCAUCCUGAGAGACAUCGUAAGGAACGAGUGGAAGUGGGAUGGACUUUUUGUAAGCGACUGUAGGUUUGGCACCUACAGCACAAGUGAAGCGGUCAACGCUGGUCUUGACCUCGAAAUGCCAGGUCCAUCAAGGUGGCGAGGAUCAGCACUUGUGCAUGCAGUUUCAGCAAACAAGGUCCUUGUCUCCGAGCUGAAUGAUCGAGUUCGUGCUGUUCUCAAGCUAGUGAAGGACUCAUCGAAGGCGGGAAUCCCCGAAAAUGCGCCAGAGCUCGAACUCAAUCGCCCCGCCGAUCAACGUCUCCUUCGAAGGGUCGCUGCCGAGUCAAUUGUGCUUCUCAAAAACCAAGACAACGUGCUUCCGUUCUCUCAUGAGCGUCGGAUCGCUGUUAUUGGACCCAACGCCAAGGUUGCGACAUAUUGCGGUGGCGGAAGUGCUUCUCUCAAUGCCUACAGCACAACUACUCCACUGGAAGGCAUCCAAGCUUUAGCCACCGGGGGUGUCGACUUCGCACAAGGGGCUUAUGGGCAUCAGAUGCUGCCCCAGCUUGGAAAAGAUCUUACCACGAAUGGCAAACCCGGCUUCGCAUUACGCUUCUUCAACGACCCUCCAACUUGCACAAAGAGAUACCUUCUUGAAGAGCGAAUCCUGGACGAUUCGAACAUAUUUUUCUUAGACUACGAUCACCCUGAUCUCAAGGAGAUCUGGUACGCAGAAGCUGAAGGCUAUUUCACUCCUGCCGAAUCUGGUGUGUACGACUUUGGACUAUGCGUGCAGGGUACAGGGCGAUUGUACAUCGAUGGUGACCUGCUAAUCGAAAAUGUCGAGAAUCAGAGGCCUGGGCCUAGCUUUCUGGGAUCAGGUACACUUGAAGAGACUGGUGCCAAAGAGCUUGUUGCGAGUCAAUCGUAUCGACUUACAGUGCAGUGGGGGUGCGCCAAAACAAGUACAAGAAAGACCCCUGGAACUGUCGACUUUGGCCACGGUGGUCUUCGCUUCGGUGGAUGUCUACGAAUAGAUCCUGACGAAGCCAUCGCUGCUGCAGUGCGACUAGCCCGCACAGUCGAUCAAGUGGUCAUUUGUGCUGGUCUUGGUCCAGAGUGGGAGUCAGAGGGUGACGACCGAGUUUCAAUGGAUUUGCCGCCAAACACUGACAAGCUCAUCGCCCAGGUGCUCGAAGCCAAUCCGAAUACUGCCGUUAUCGUGCAAUCUGGUACACCGGUAGCCAUGCCAUGGAGCGGAAAAGCCAAAGCAAUAUUGCAUGCCUGGUAUGGCGGCAACGAAGGCGGCAAUGGUAUUGCCGAUGUGUUGUUUGGUCAGGUCAACCCCUCCGGGAAAUUACCACUUACAUUCCCUCGUCGACUGAAGGACAACCCAACGUACCUCAACUAUCGCUCUGAAGGUGGUCGUGUUCUUUAUGGCGAGGAUGUCUACGUAGGCUAUCGCUACUACGAGCAGACCGAGCUGUCCCCUCUGUUUCCUUUCGGGCACGGCCUUUCUUACACGACAUUUUCGCUGUCGAACCUUCAGCUCGACCUGAAGAGCGGCGACGACCAGUUGACGGCUCGCUGCACUUUAACCAACACAGGAUUAAGAGCAGGUGCAGAGGUUGUUCAAGUCUAUAUUGAGCCUGUAUCUCCACCGAUACGACGACCGGUGAAAGAACUGAAGGGAUUCGCGAAACGAUAUGUCGAGCCUGGUCAGAGUGUUGAUGUGGAAGUUCUUAUCGACAUGCUCCGAGACACGAGUUACUGGGCAGAGUUGAGUGGGAAAUGGUGUAGUCAUGCCGGAACAUACAACGUCGUGGUGGGAACAAGUAGUGCCGGUGAGCACCUAUCAGGUUCGGUCAGAUCAACAAAAACAAGAUACUGGUCUGUGUAG